AUGGAUCUUCGCGUCGACACGGUCGAGACGAGGCUCUGCCUGGACCAUCGCAGGAGGCCACCAGGUAAGUUCCCCCUCAGGUAAGUGCGCUUGCUUUGUUUCUUCCUUUUGUUUGUUGAAGUUCCUCGUCGUACGCUGCGCUUGCUGCCUGCCCUUUAUAUGCUAGUCUGUCUGUUAAUAGCUAAACGACACCCUCGAUGCCUGCUGCGAUUGUCUGUCCGUCAGUCUAUGCCACUCUCUACUAAUAGCUAGGUGUUACGGUGCUUGACUUUGUGUGGUGCCCUCACUUUGUCUCUGACUGAUGACUGUGUCUGUUUGUCCACUCUAGCUAGCUGUAAGUGCCAUAGCGUUAGGUAGUGUGCAUGCUCUCUCCUACUUCACUCCAUCACAUCAUCACCUCACCACCAAGGUCCCAGGCUAAUUCGGGUCGUUCUCUCACUAACAAAUAGUCGUGGCCCAUAGUGGAGUCCGGCAGCCGUCUGGGAUAACCGGGCAGCCCUGUUCAGGGAUGCGUUGCCUGCCCCCGCGAGGGGGAGGGGGCUAGAAAAGGUGCCCUAAAGAUCGCUGGGAACCACGCUGUCUGUAGGCUGGCCGUGGCCGCAGACAAAAAACACACGGUCGAAACAGCCAAAACCGAAACAACAACAACAACAAUCACUCUCUUACUCUUCCAGCCUAUUCUUCUUCUUCUCCUACUCUUACUUUUCGUCGCCGCAGUCGCCAGACUGGCAGGGUGAGCCCGCUUACUCUGGCAGCCUGGAAUGUUCGUUCCCUUUUAGACAAUCCGAGGAGCAACCGACCGGAACGGAGGACGGCGCUAGUGGCACGAGAACUGGCGCGCUACAAGGUGGACAUCGCCGCACUCAGCGAGACCCGAUUCUCCGAACAAGGCCAAAUUGAGGAGGUGGGUGCCGGCUACACCUUUUUCUGGAGUGGUCGACCCAGGGCAGAGCGACGUGACGCGGGUGUCGCCUUUGCCAUCCGGACCGACAUCGUGGGACGACUGCCCUGUUUGCCGCAGGGAAUCAACGACCGCCUGAUGAGUCUACGUCUGCCUCUGCGGGGUGGGGGCAAGUUCGCAACCAUCAUCAGCGCCUACACUCCGCCGAUGACCAGUUCCGACGCCGUCAGAGACAAAUUCUACGAGGACCUGCACGCCCUCUUGGCGACUGUGUCGAAGGCGGACAAGUUGAUUGUCCUUGGUGACUUCAACGCCCGCGUCGGCACAGACCAUACUGCCUGGAGGGGAGUGCUGGGUUUCCACGGUCUCCGCGGCUCCAACGACAACGGCCUGCUUCUCCUCCGCACCUGCGCAGAACACCGCCUCACCCUGACGAAUACCUUCUUCUGUCUGCCGGUGCGAGAGAAGGCCACCUGGAGGCAUCCUCGGUCGCGUCAGUGGCACCUGCUGGACUAUGUCCUCGUCCGGAGGCGAGAUCAGCGGGACGUGCUGGUGACGAAGGCGAUCGCGGGUGCUGACGGGUGGACCGACCAUCGCCUCGUCAUCUCGAGGAUGCGCAUUCGCCUACAGCCUCGCAGGAGACCACAAGGUAAGCGACCCCCAGGUAAGCUGAAUGUUGCUUUGUUGUCUUUGCCUGCUCAACGUCUCCAUUUCAGCAAUGAGCUAGCUCAACGGCUAGACAACCUUCCUAUCGCUGCCACCGCCGACGACGCCGCCGCCGCUGCCGAGAACACCUCCGUGGAGAACCUCUGGUGUCAACUGCGAGACACGGUCCAGUCGACGGCGCUCGCCGUCCUCGGUCGCGCUCCCCGCCAACACCAGGACUGGUUCGACGACAACGACGCAGCCAUCAGAAAUCUGCUUGCCGAGAAGAACCGCCUACACAAAGCCUACGUAGAUCACCCCACUGAGGACAACAAAGCUGCCCUCUACCGCAGUCGCCGACAGCUUCAGCAACGACUGCGCGAGAUGCAGGACGCCUGGACUGCUCGCAAAGCUGAGGAGAUCCAAGGCUACGCGGACCGCAACGAAUGGAAGAACUUCUUCUCCGCGAUCAAAGCUGUCUACGGUCCGCUGACGAAGGGCACUGCUCCUCUCCUCAGCGCCGACGGCAGUACUCUCCUGACUGAGAAGACGCAAAUCCUACAGCGAUGGGCCGAGCACUUCCGUCAUCUCCAACGCCGCCAUCGCCCGCUUGCCGCAAGUGGCGACCAACGUGGACCUCGACCUCCCGCCAUCUCUCCAGGAAACGAUCACGGCCGUGCAGCAGCUCUCCAGCGGGAAAACACCCGGAUCGGACGCAAUCCCUGCUGA